CGCUCAUCGCUACGUGUCCCCCCGGCUACGUUAAAUCCCGCUCCCUGCUUCCCCGUCCUGCCACAGGAACAAGUUGCGGCAGUCCCGCCCGGCGGCUCGGCUCAAACAUGGGAGAAAUCACUUUGCCACGGCGCAUGUUCCUCUGGUGCAUGGCCGUCAUUUAUCUGUCAGCUUUUGUUUCCCUCUACGUGCAGAUACCAGGUCUCUAUGGCAAUGAAGGGCUGUUGCCUGCUCGCUGGCAGCUGCGAUACAGUGGCAAGUCUCUCGGGGAGCUGCUGCUGUCCUCUCCCACCCUGCUGUGGCUGGGACCUCGGCUCGGCCUGGACACGCACACCGCUAUGGAGCUGCUGUGCCUUCUGGGGGCCGCGCUGAGCCUCGCUGCCACCCUGGUGGAGGCUCUCCGAGACAGCGUGGUGUUUUUCUGUCUCUGGGCCUUGUACCUGUCCAUGUACCAGGUGGGCCAGGUAUUUCUCUACUUCCAGUGGGACAACUUGCUCCUGGAGACGGGCUUUCUCUGCAUCCUUGUAGCUCCACUGACUUUAAUCAGAGGGUCACGGGGGGUCAGAGAGCACGAUCGCGUGACCUUCUGGCUGAUACGCUGGUUGCUCUUCAGGCUCAUGUUUGCCUCUGGUGUGGUGAAACUCACGUCCCGUUGUCCCACAUGGUGGGGCCUCACAGCCCUGACGUAUCACUAUGAGACUCAGUGUAUUCCCACUCCGCUGGCCUGGUUUGCCCACCAGUUGCCAGUGUGGUGGCAGAAGCUGAGCGUGAUGGGGGCCUUCAUCAUAGAGAUUGCCACACCCCUGCUUUUCUUCAGUCCACUGCGCCGACUCCGGCUCGGCGCUUUUUACUGGCAGGUGCUGCUUCAAGUGCUUAUCAUUUUGACCGGCAACUACAAUUUCUUCAACCUGCUGACUUUGACCCUCUGCCUGUCACUUCUGGACGACCAGCAUGUGCACUUCUGGCUUCGCAAGGCAGACAAGAUCAGCAACAACGACUCCAAGCUGUGGUCGUGGCUGUGUUCCCUGCUGGAGCUGGCAGUCUGGUCUCUCAUGAUCUUCGGAGCAAUUGUGUGCUUUGACCUGCAGCUGGAUACGAAGCAGAAAGCCGUCUCCUCCAGGAUCGCUUUCACAUACCACCAGUUUAACCAGGUUCUGAAGACUGUCACUAUCCCCUGUGUCUGGGUUGGUGUCCUCUCUCUCACCUGGGAGAUGGUCACAUCCAUGUUCAGAUGUGCUUGUGUCUCUGGUUUCCUGAGGAGGUUCUGCAGAACUACCCAGUGGACCGUGUUUGCUGCUGCCACCGCUGCUAUGUUCACUCUUAGUCUGGUGCCAUUCACCUACAUAGAGUUUGACUCUAACGCCAGGUUAUGGCCGGGAGUGCGUCAGGCCUACGAGCUGGUGGAUCGCUACCAGCUGGUCAACUCAUAUGGCCUGUUUAGAAGGAUGACCGGGGUCAGUGGGCGGCCAGAGGUCGUCAUCGAGGGCAGCAAUGAUGGAGUGUCGUGGACGGAGAUUGAGUUCAUGUAUAAGCCAGGCAACCUAAGUGCACCUCCUCCUGUGGUGACGCCUCACCAGCCCAGGUUGGACUGGCAAAUGUGGUUUGCUGCACUCGGGGGUCAUACACAGGCGCCGUGGUUCACCAGCCUCAUGUACAGACUGCUGCAGGGCAAAAGAGACGUGAUAGAGUUGAUCCAGACAGAUGUAUCUCAGUAUCCGUUCCACCAGCAGCCUCCUGCCUACCUCCGAGCCCACCGCUACAGAUACUGGUUUACUGAGCCGAAGGCUGACGGUUCAUACCCGCAGCGUUGGUGGAGGAGGGUCUACGAUGAGGAGUUCUAUCCCACAGUGCACCUGGGCAGCACCUUCCUGGAGAGCAUGCUCAACCAAUAUGGACUAAAGGACAAAUCGCCUCUACGUCGAACGUCCAACACCACUGUUGCCCAGACGGUCAGGUGGGUCCGCUCCCAGGUCAGAGGUGUUCCUGCCCACACACUAAUCUGGGCCCUCAUUGUCUGCAGCGCCACCAUCUGUCUGUUCAAGGGACUGCAAAACCGCAACGAGCACAUGACUGUGAGUGAUCGCACAGAAAAUGUACCUGACGGCUCUGCAGACCAUCGUGGGAAGUUAGACGAACAGCAGGCAGAGGAGGUGGAGGAGGAGGAGGAGGCAGAUGAGGAAGAUGGAGAAGAUGAGGCAGAGGAGGGUGAAGGAGAGGAGAAAGACACUGAUGAGGAGGCCCAAGAGGAGAGGGAAGACGAAAGAGACAAAGAUGAGAUCCUACGAAAGAGAAAGCUUUGAAAAAGAUUCUGGUAAUCCCGAAAUAGACUUUUCUCACCACCUGCCUUCAUAACAUGUUGACCAAAGAAUUUGGUUCGUGUAUGUUUGUAUUUCCUCAUCAGCCAAUUAUGAGAAAAUCCUGUUAUCUGCCUUCUCCCACCUUCACCUUCCUGCAGUACACUGUUCCUAUAUCAUUUAUCAUUUCAGACGCCAACGCCUCUAUUGAGCAGAUCUUGCCGGGUGUUUUGUCAGAUAUUGACAGUGAAAUCUAGUCAGCAGAUCCAAAUGAUGUUGAAAGUAGAGAGGAAUAUAGAAUUUCAAAUGUAAGAAGGGUUCUGUUUCGCCAAUCAAGAGAGUAAAUGUGUUGUUCAUGUUACUCUUUGUUAUUCUUCUGCUGGUGGUUGUUGUACUUCACAUAUUUGUCACUGUGGUCUCUUGUCUGUUGCUGUAUGUACAGAACUAAACUGCACUUUUUCCUGUUUCCACAAAUGUGUCUUUUGUUUCUGCCGGGAUUAGAAAUGAAACAUCACACAAGUCGAUGUGGUAAUUUUAAAAGAUUUUUUAUAACAUAUUAAAAUACAG